AUGACGGCCGAUACAACCGCGAAAGCAUCGGCUCAGAACAGCAUCCCAAAAUUGAUCCCAGGUUCACGACGAAGGCCGUUGAAUCCUCCCACCAUCAACGAACCCGCUCCAGAAACUCCCGUCCUCCCAGAACCUCCCUCACUCGAUCCAUCCCAGUUCUCUCCUCCGAUCAAACGUAUCCUGUCUCCCGCCGAUCACCAAAAGUUCCUCUCUUCGCCAACCUAUAUACUUUUGCAGGCAUGGAUAUUCACUCUUGCGGAUUCAGUUCAGGGCCAGACAAUUCCCUCUGUUGAGACAAACCCAGUUUCGGAAAUUGUAAAGAAACUUGAUGCAGUUCUUGACCAAAUAGAGGCACUGGUUGCCAAAAAUCCUCCUCUCGAUACUGGUUCUCGAUUUGGAAAUCCGGUGUUCCGCUCUCUACACCGAGCAAUUGUGCAUGAUGCUCCGACACUACACAAAGAGACGCUGGGGUUGAACAAUGACCUUGCCAUCCAAGAAGUUUCGAUAUACCUGAUCAACUCUUUCGGGUCCGAGGAGCGCCUGGACUAUGGCUCCGGUCACGAGCUCAAUUUCUUGAUGUGGUUAUUAUGUCUCUUCCAACUGGGUGAGAUUCACCGAAGCGACUUCAGCGUCCUCGUUUUACAUACCUUUGUCCAUUACCUUGAUCUCAUGCGCAAGAUCCAGAGUACCUAUUAUCUUGAGCCGGCCGGAAGUCACGGUGUCUGGGGACUAGAUGACUACCAAUUCCUGCCAUUUCUAUUCGGUGCCAGCCAACUGGUCCGCCAUCCCUACAUCACCCCGAAAUCGAUUCACAACAACGUCAUCUUGGACGAAGAGGGCGGAAAAUACCUAUACCUGAACCAAGUUCGAUGGGUGGACAGUGUCAAGACCGUCAAAGGGCUGCGAUGGCAUAGUCCUAUGCUAGACGAUAUUUCUGGCGCAAAGAGUUGGCAGAAAGUUGAGGAUGGCAUGCGGAAAAUGUUCGUCAAAGAAGUCCUGGGCAAAUUACCCAUCAUGCAACACUUUCUUUUUGGCAGCCUGAUUCCUGGGACCAAAGAGAUGGGUCAGCUGGAUGCGGAAGCCGUCCGCAUCCAGUUCGAGAGGAUGAAACACGUGCAAGAACAAGGUCAUGAACCUGAUUACUGGGGAGACUGCUGUGGCAUCAAGGUGCCGAGUACAGUCGCAGCAGGAGAAGAGAUGCGGAAACGAAUGGGAACCUCGGGUGCUCUGCGUCCUAUUCCUUUUGAUUGA